CUGCUAUUAUUUCCAGAUAGCCUGAAAUAGUUAGCUAUCUACCCCGUCGGCACUUGCAAUAUUAUACGCCGCUCGCUGCGGAAUUGUGUCGCGCUUACUGUGGAUCAGGAGCCAAUACUGACGAGCAAGCUCCAAGGUGUUUUGCGUCAACGACUGCAGAAGGAGGAACGUCAGCCAGAAUCGAGCGGGGAUAGCAGCUUUGACGUUGCUGUAGGGCGGGCAAGGAGCUAGUACGAUGCAUUCAAAACUAGCGGUGCUGGGACUGCUUUCCCUUACUUUCAUCUCCUCCCUAGCACAAGCACAGAUGUACUUCUGCUUUGAGCAGUUCGACAGAGACUCAUGUGCCGGUGAUCUGCUAGGGAGAGUCUCCACCCCCUCGGAGUGUUGCUUCCUUCGUGACAGGGGUCUUGGUGGAGGUUCAUACGUAGCGGCUGGUGAUGAGCGAUGCAUAAACUGUAUGACUCUUACCGCUUGUCUUGUUAAGAAAAACUCCUUGUCUCCAGAUCCAUUGGGGCCAGUAGGAUCACCAGGACAACCAGGGGUAGUGAUCGGAGAACUAUUGCCAGGAGCUCCAGGACCUGCUGGUGACCCAGGAUCUAAUGGCAUUGAUGGUGAAGAUGGUUUAGAUGGACCACCAGGAUUACCAGGCGAUCCAGGUCCUCCUGGUUCAAUUGGACCGCAAGGCCCAGUGGGGCCACCUGGAGUCAUUGGGUUCCCUCAAGGUCCAAAGGGAGCAAUGGGGUACAUGGGAUAUCCUGGAGUACCUGGGAUUGUUGGAGUCAAAGGUCCCAAAGGUCCCGCCGGAGCUAAGGGAGAAGUUGGUCCAAAAGGUUUCAGUGGGCUGAAGGGGCCGCAGGGGAAGUCUGGAGCACCAGGUCCACGUGGUCAAUCUGGGGAGCAGGGAUUCCCUGGCCCUGUCGGAGAGAGGGGACCAAAGGGUCCUCCUGGACCUAUGGGAGUCCCAGGCCAAGCUGGGUCACAGGGGAACCUGGGAGAAUCAGGGAGACCCGGACCAGCUGGACUGACAGGGGAACCAGGCAGCAGUGGAGAACCAGGCGCUCAGGGUCCACCAGGAAUCCAGGGACCAGCUGGACACCCUGGACCAGCCGGGCAGCGUGGAGCACCUGGAAACAGUGGAGCAGUUGGUCCACCAGGUGUAACAGGACCAGUAGGCACUCUGGGAGCCCAGGGAGAGAGGGGACCUGAUGGACCUCAGGGUACACAGGGAAUGCAGGGAGACCCCGGAGAGCUGGGAGAGAGUGGUCCUGUCGGCCGCAAAGGACCACCUGGACCACCUGGAACAGAUGGGGAGCCAGGAGACAGAGGAUUAGACGGAGCCCAUGGCUCAGAUGGUAGCCUGGGAGACAAGGGUGCAGCUGGUCUCCUAGGAUCUGCAGGUCCCAGGGGAGAGAGGGGACCUCCAGGAAGACCAGGAGAACAGGGAAGACAAGGAGAUGAUGGUGCACCAGGUCUCAAUGGUGAGCAGGGUAACCCAGGUCAACCAGGAAGCAAGGCUGCCAAAGGAGCAGAUGGACAAAAGGGUGAGAGGGGAGUGAAAGGAGAGACGGGGCACCCAGGAGUGAAUGGACCAAAGGGACUGAGAGGUCCAGCUGGAGCAGCAGGAGCUGCGGGACCUGCCGGUGCUGGGGGAGCUCGAGGUAUUCCAGGUGCCAAUGGGCAGCCAGGACGAAGUGGAUUCACUGGAGAUCCCGGGGAGAAUGGAGAGCUUGGAGAUAUCGGACCCUCCGGGGCCAGUGGAGAGGACGGUGCACCGGGAGCAAGAGGAUUCCCAGGACGAAGGGGAUCACCUGGUUUCCCCGGCUCAACUGGAGAUCCUGGAGAAGAUGGUGCUGUUGGUCCAGCCGGUCAGAAAGGUCCUCCUGGGUUCCCAGGACCUCAAGGCUCAGUGGGUGUGACAGGUUCUGCUGGUAACCCUGGGCCAGCUGGAUCCCCUGGUCCUGCUGGAGAUGAAGGAACACCUGGAAUCCCUGGCAGUGAUGGUCCCACAGGUCCACACGGUGCCAGAGGUCAGAAAGGUCAUGCAGGACUUCAGGGUGCCUCAGGAGAGCAAGGACCGCGAGGACCACCAGGACCCAGUGGACCAAAGGGACCAAACGGAGCGCACGGCAGAGAGGGAGCUCGUGGCGCAAAGGGAGCUCUUGGGCCACAAGGUGCUGUGGGUGAACCAGGAGAUGCAGGUCAGAAGGGAGAAGCAGGGAUAGCGGGCAAGUCAGGUCGCAGGGGAGCAGACGGGCAGCCUGGUGAGGUGGGAGAUCCUGGACCUGCUGGAGCUAAGGGACAGAGAGGACCAGCAGGUCCAAAGGGGGAAGUUGGACUAACAGGACAGCUCGGCCCAUCAGGUCCUCCUGGAUUCAGAGGAACCAAAGGCAUGCAGGGACAAGCUGGCCUCUUUGGACCACAGGGUGAGCGUGGACCUCCCGGUUCGCCAGGCAGACCAGGGUCCCAGGGAAGGAAGGGAGCAGUAGGACAGGUGGGAGAGAAUGGUCCAGAGGGAGACAUUGGACCCAGUGGUCCCAUCGGACAGGCUGGACCUCCAGGACCUCCUGGUGGACCUGGACAGAGGGGUGAUAUUGGACCUACUGGAGAGCCAGGACCAAUUGGUUCUCCAGGAGGGAAGGGACCAGGAGGAUUCCUUGGUCCCAAGGGAGAGAACGGACGACGUGGAGAACAAGGAUCAGCGGGAGCACCAGGGCCGGCAGGAACUCCAGGAGUCCAGGGAAUCAAGGGAGAGAAGGGUUCUCAUGGAGCCACUGGAGCAUCUGGACCAGUCGGUCCUCCUGGUGCGGUCGGAGGUCAGGGUAUGAGGGGAGACAAGGGACCAGUUGGAGCACCGGGUGAGAGGGAGAUGUUGGGAACCCAGGAAGGGCGGGUAAUGUGGGUCCAAAGGGCCCACCAGGAGCCAGGGGCCCAAGUGGAGGUCGUGGUCCAAAUGGCCCCAAUGGAAUCGACGGAAGAGACGGCAAUCCUGGUGAUCCCGGUACCGAUGGUCCUCAGGUUAAACUUUGGUAUAGGCUCUACAGUAUCUGUUUUUUUACUCUAUCAAUGGCAGGGUCUCCCUGGUGGACCUGGUAGUCCUGGUCCAGCUGGAGCCAAGGGAGCCACGGGGCUUCACGGCCCUGAUGGCACACCCGGUGACGAGGGUUCAAAGGGCAGUGUGGGAGCGCCAGGAGAGAGAGGCAGUCAGGGUAUGCAGGGAGAGUCUGGUGAUGCUGGUGCACCGGGGAUGUUCGGUGCCCUUGGUGAAGAUGGUAACGACGGACCAGAUGGUGAUGAAGGAGCUCCAGGUACCACUGGACCAGCAGGAACAACAGGACCACCGGGUGAUAAAGGACCACCUGGAGUAGUGGGUGUGCCUGGAAAAGAUGGAGCACCUGGACCUGCUGGACCUUCUGGACAGAGGGGACCACCUGGGCCUCAGGGAAUGGAUGGUGAUGUAGGACUGUCUGGUCCAGCAGGACCACCAGGAGACACUGGUCCCUCAGGCCAGACAGGGCCCUCUGGAGAUGAGGGAGAGUCUGGUCUCCCUGGAGAAGUGGGAGAGAAAGGGGAAAAGGGAGAGCAGGGAAUAGCUGGUCCUCCUGGAACUCAGGGAGCAAAAGGUAUCCCAGGAAUGCCUGGACCUGUUGGUGUCCAAGGACCAGAUGUGAGUAACUUUUUCUUUCUGCUUGUGUGUAUACUUGUCGAAUAUUACGGUAUGUGUACAGGGAAAGAAGGGACUGCCUGGCAUAGCUGGAGGAGAUGGAUAGAUGGAUCUGAAGGACCAGAGGGACCUCAGGGACCCAGAGGACCGAAAGGACCAACUGGAAUGCAAGGUGACAUGGGUCCCCCAGGUCCCCCUGGUCCUCCAGGAUUGGAGGAACCAGAGUCCAAGACUGCUGGACCCCCAGUGAGACAGUUCUACUCUACCCAGCUGGAGCAGGAUCUCACUCAGAUUGAUGUUCCCUCAGACUUUGACGCAGAGGUGGUAGGAGCGGCCAUGAUCAAGGACCUGGAGAAGAUGCUGGCUCCUCUGGGGACCCGUGAGAACCCGGCCAUCUCUUGCCUCGACAUUUCUCUCUGUCAUGGAGACCAGUUCAGUGCCGGGCACUACUGGAUUGAUCCAAACGAGGGCUCACCAAAGGAUGCCAUCAGGGUGUUUUGCAAGGGACCAGAGACCUGCUUGACACCUCGUAAACAGAGCAACAGUCAGUUUGUGUACCCAGAGGGGGUAGUUCCACUGCGUCUCCUGCGUCUAAGGCACAGCCAUGUCAGACAGAACAUCACCUACACCUGUGACAGUGGAGCCAAUGGGUUCAUGGAGAUGAAACUGCAGGGAGUCAAUGGCGGCACUCUCAGUUAUGGAGACAAGACAAUCAGAAUGGUCUCACUGCCCGGUGAAUGUCCAGUGGUUCUGGAGGUAACUCAGGAAGACAUCAGCAACAGAGAGAGCAGUGUUGCCAUUCUACCAGUGAGAGGGAUAUCGGUGGACUCAGAUCAGAGAGCAGAGGCUUUCAACGCUGGUCCAGUCUGUUUCUCUUAAAGUUACUUCCAAAUCAAUAGCAACAUCUGGGCUCAGUGCAGAUGCAAUGAGCUAUAAUUAUUGGCCAGCUCUUUGUGACUGCCAACACAUACAUUUUAGUUAUUUGUAUUUCACAGUAAUGAUUGGUUUUUUG